UAAACAGAUGUGGAGAAGAGCUCGGAGCUGCCAUGGAUCCACCUUCACAGAGAUGCGGUGCCUUCUCGCACAGCUGACUGGGAACACAGGUAUUCCGUGUGAAGGAAGGGGGCUGUGUGUCGGCGUACUUGUUGAUCUCCGGGCGCAAACAGCGCGGUGCGACAUGCGGUCCGGGAAGCCGCCGGUUUGCGGUUCGAGUCGUGCUGAGGAUCUUUCCUUGCCAUGUCGGAGAGAGAGGACGAGGAGACGGGUUAAACCCUGACAUUUGUAAACCAAUAUCGACGCCUCCUUUUUUUCUUUUUUGGCUUUUUCACGCCCAUCAUCUUCGCUUGUAGCUACGGAUUGAUUGAUCACAGAGCUGACACUACAAUGAAAGAAAAGAACAUCAACAGUAGUCCAUAGUCCUGGCUGUUUGCAUGCUUCCUCAACUCGAAAUCAUCAUGGAAAAAUCCUUGGAUUUAAACAAAGCUGGCUCCCGGUCAACAUCAUCCCUUCCACCUGAGCCAGUGGACAUCAUCCGCAGUAAGUCCUGUUACCGUCGAGUCAGGCUGAAUGUCGGAGGUCUCCCACAUGAAGUCUUAUGGCGAACCUUGGACCGCCUGCCACGGACUCGUUUGGGAAAACUGAGAGACUGCAACUCCCACGAUUCUCUGAUGGAGGUCUGUGAUGACUACAACCUGGAUGAGAAUGAGUACUUCUUUGAUCGACAUCCAGGGGCCUUCACAUCCAUUCUGAACUUCUACCGCACGGGCAAGCUGCACAUGAUGGAGGAGAUGUGUGCCCUGUCCUUCAGCCAGGAGCUCGAUUACUGGGGCAUCGAUGAGAUCUAUCUAGAAUCCUGCUGCCAGGCUAGAUACCACCAGAAAAAGGAGCAGAUGAACGAGGAGCUAAAGAGAGAGGCAGAUAAUAUAAAAGAUAUAGAGGGAGAAGAAUUUGACAACACCUGUUGUGCAGAAAAACGGAAGAAACUUUGGGAUCUUCUGGAAAAGCCAAGCUCAUCAGUCGCAGCAAAGAUCUUGGCCAUCAUCUCAAUUCUCUUCAUUGUGCUAUCUACCAUUGCACUGUCUCUAAACACUCUACCAGAGCUGCAGGGCACCGAUGAGUUUGGCCAGUCGACUGACAACCCACAGCUAGCACAUGUGGAAGCUGUUUGUAUUGCCUGGUUUACCAUGGAAUACCUGCUUCGUUUUCUGUCCUCUCCAAACAAAUGGAAGUUCUUCAAGGGUCCCCUCAAUGUCAUUGACCUGCUGGCAAUUCUGCCUUACUAUGUCACCAUCUUCUUAACAGAAUCCAACAAGAGUGUUCUGCAGUUUCAGAACGUCCGCCGUGUGGUUCAGAUUUUUAGGAUUAUGCGUAUCCUUCGUAUCCUGAAGUUAGCUCGUCACUCUACAGGUCUUCAGUCACUGGGCUUUACACUAAGGAGGAGCUACAAUGAGCUGGGCCUGCUUAUUCUUUUUCUGGCCAUGGGUAUCAUGAUCUUCUCUAGUCUUGUGUUUUUUGCUGAGAAAGACGAAGAAGAUACAAAGUUCAAAAGCAUUCCAGCUUCCUUCUGGUGGGCCACCAUCACCAUGACCACAGUAGGGUAUGGAGAUAUCUAUCCCAAAACGCUCUUGGGAAAGAUUGUGGGGGGGUUGUGCUGUAUUGCUGGAGUCCUUGUAAUUGCCCUACCAAUUCCUAUUAUUGUAAAUAACUUCUCUGAAUUCUAUAAGGAGCAGAAAAGGCAAGAAAAGGCCCUGAAAAGAAGGGAAGCUCUUGAGAGGGCAAAAAGAAAUGGUAGCAUUGUUUCUAUGAACUUAAAAGAGGCUUUUGCUCGUAGCGCAGAACUCAUGGACGUAGUGGUAGAAAAGACGGAGCGACCUCAUGAUAACCACCUAUCUCCAAGUCACUGGAAAUGGGCGUCGAGAAGAGCUACAUCAGAGACAAGUUCAAACCGUUCUUUUAACGCCCAAGAGAUAGGCUCGCCCUGCAAAAAUCGAGACACCAGUCCCCAAAGACUAAAUGUUGAAAAACUAGAAGAGAUGUAUAGCCAAAUGGCAAAGACACAGUCACAACCCAACCUCAAUGCAAAAGAAAGAGGGUCCAAAAUGAGCAAACAGAGGGAUGAGAUAGAGCUUGGAGCCAUUCAUGACCAUGGACCAUCAGUCCUCGGAACCAAAGAUGGAGUUGGGGACAUGAAAAGCUUAUCCAGCAUUGAUAGCUACAUCAGUUGUGCUACAGACUUUCAAGAGAAUCCACGCUAUCCCCACAGUCCAGCACCAGACAUUGGUCUUAAAGAAGGUAACCGCUUUAAUUUUGGUCCAGUUACAGUUUUUUCUCAGCACAUUUGUAAAAAGGUUGGCCAGCAAAUCAAAGGGCAGCAUGAGUCUGUGCCAAGUCCAACAUCAAAGUCCUCUGGCCCAGAGAAUACAAGAAGAUUUUUCUUUUCUGGAAACUCCUCAAAAAGCCUUAAAGGAGGCUGCCGUAGCGAUGGGGAUUCUGGGCUUUCCCCACUUUCAGACAGCUCUGUUGUUUCAGACCAAUCUCUGUUGAGCCCCGAAGCAUCUGUGUACACCACUGCCAGCAGCAGGACGCCCCCAAAGUCACCAGAGAGUGCUGCCAUGGCUCCAACAGUCUUCACUUUUCAUGACUCGUCAAUCAGCAAAUACAUUGAUGCUGAUACAGAUGAUGAUGAACACCUCCGGGACAUCACUGAGGCAAGUCCCUCAGAUCGUCUGCUUGCUGCUGGCAGCCCAAAACGCAGUAUUAACAUAAAUUACCAGAGAGGAACUAACCAUUUAGAGGCAGCCCAAAAGAUGUUGGGCCAGAACUGCUACUUUCCUCUUGAAGGUAUUCGUGGAAAAGCUCAUGAAAAUCAUAUAGGUCCUGACCCAGCACGUAGACCAAAGGCUGAGCGAGGACGGCAAAAUACCGUGGACAAAAGCCUUUGAAGCAUAAGUUAUCAGAGACAUGUGAAAAGCUGUCAAACAAACUUCUAAUGUCAAAUAAAGGAGAGACAAAGAAAGGCAAAGAGAAAAAGGCUCUCUUAUUUGCAAAUAACCUGAGCGUGCAAUUAGAGCAACAAGCUCUGGUUCGAUACAUGUUGGGAAUACUUUGGAAGAAAAACACCUUAAGUUGGACAAUGUCACUGCCCCUUCUUUCAGUUCAUUCCUGUGUGCUGUGUUCCACACCCUCAAAAGUAAAGAACACCCCCAGGUAGCCAUUGAAUUAGUCAAAUGAAGCGGAGUUAGAAGAGAGGUUUUACUUUGACUAUCAUAGAACAACAAAGUAACACAACAAAAUAAUAUUUUUAGCUAAAGCUAUUUUCUCCAUUUCCCAUUAAAAACAAAGUCCACCUUCUUGUAUUGACUGCCAAUAGACAUUUUUUUUACUCUUGGAGACCUACCAGGGGACCUAGAAGCCUAUAAGCUACAUAUUGUGCCCUCCAUUCUCAAACCUGGCCUUAAUCAUUUACAUUUGUAAGAAUGUGAGUGAGACAAUUUGAAUAUGAAUGGGUGAAUUAUGAGAAACUGAUAUAAAGAAAAAUCUUAAAAACGGUCUAACCUGAUUUAUUUUUUUAUAGAUAAGAGUCACUAUAUGGAAGUUAUUUUUUAGUCUACCAUGUCAGAUUUCUAUGUCAUACGUGGGGUUUAGUGUCUGCAGUUGCAAAUCAUUUUUCAUUACAUGGGCCACCCUCUAUUAAGCAUCUGUCCUACUAUCCUUUAGGGUAACAUGUCUAAAAAAUGGUUGAAAACAGAGUAUCUGCCACAGAAAGGAUUUUCGCAGUACCUCUGUAGUUUGUUUCAUAAUAAUAAAAAAUGGGUCUUGGGUUUUAGUUAUGAGUUUAAAGUAAAAUGAGAAAUGCACAUAAAAUGCACACUGAUCGCAUAUCCAGGAACCUACAACGUAGAAAAUACAUGAAUUGGCUGGGAAAAUGGUUGAAGAAAACAUUAAAGGAGACAUUUCUAGAGGUAUUUUGUGAAUUACUGACUUACUAGAUGAAUGGACAGGUUCUCAGCAAGUGUUGGCCUUGAUAUGACUAACAAAGUUUUAAAUAGCUGAAUAAUAUACAAAACUUUGGCUUUUCUUUGUUUCACCUAUGUUUUUAAAGGGAUCAACUCUAUUAGCACUGACUAUAUACAAGGAUUAUUUUUACAGUAUUUAUAAAGUAUUGUCAGUGUGGAUCCACCAAACACACAAAUGCACGCACACACAAACCUGUUGAAGAUUGAUAUAAGCUUUAUAGAUACUAUUAUUUUCCAUGGUGACAGGAGUUGACAAAAGUAUAUUUUAAGAGCAAAGCAAAGACUUGUUAUUUAGGGUUGGAUGUUUGCAUGUCACAUGUGCUCUUAGGCAUAUAUAAAAAUCCUCACUGAUAAAAGACAUGUACUUAUAAUAUGGAAGGUAUCUAUGAUAGUUGCAUGUCAAAAUCACUCCUCACUCAUAUAAACACUAUGUCAUUGCAAAUGUGUGCUAGAAGCCUAUAAAAUUAGAAUAAAAACUCCAUAUCCACCAUUUUUAUAUCUUUAUAUCAUGUCUUCAAAAAUUUAGUUAACUCUCCACUACCUGUUUACACUUUCAUGUUUAGCAAUGUCCUGUUUGGCAUUGGGGAAAAAGUGCUGACCCCUCCUGUGUCAAAACUUUACCAGAGUAAAUACAGAAAAGCUCUUUUCAAGUGAUAAUUUGCUUUUUCCCCUAUUUUAACCUAUACAAUUCCUGCAAUUGACCACAAUGUUUAUUUGAUAAAAACAUUUUUUAAGUCAACCUCAUAGCUGAUUAUGAUUAGAAUUAUAAAUAAAUAAUAAAAAAAUAACACUUCAAUAGUAUAUCUUACAACAUAAAGUGUAAAAAAAAAUAUGUUGUAAUACAGUUAAGAGGUUAGUUUGAAGGAGGCACUCAUGCUCAAACCUUACAAUGUUUUGGAAUAAAACAUCACUGUAAAGAAGAGUGGCUCAAAUUUCCUUCACAUUGAUGUCAAAGAUUCAUUGCCACCUAAAGCAAACACUUUGCACAGCCAGCUCCUAGGUUUAUGUGGGAAUUAGUUUUCCAUUAAGGGCAAAGUUGGAUUUGAUGUUUUUGUCCUUUAAGGAAAAAAUAUCAUUUGAAUACAGCAUUUUGUAUUUACUCAGGUUUAUUUGUUUGAUAUUGAAGUUCUUUGAUCUGAAACAUUUAAGUGUGGCUGGAAAAAAAAUCAUAAAAUAAAUGAUUUUCCACAACAGAGUAACAUGAGAAGAGAAACAAUCCUAAGUCACAGUGUAUAAUUCACUAAAGCACAUAAAUGUCAAAUCUUUAAUCCAAACCUUUGUACAUUUUUUGCCUCUUAUCUGCUCCAUAAUGGUGUGUGGCUCACAUAGCAAAUACCAGUUAUGGCAAACAAGCCCCCAUUUGCCAGUCAAGUUUUACAGAUGCAUCAUCUUCCCCAAUCUAUGACGAUUGUGGUACAGUACAUACAAACACACAGGGCACAAAAUAAAGAGGCAGAAUCAACACAUUUAACUGAAUUACCCAAAACAGAAAUCUUUUUUAGGUAUAUUCAUGAUCUAAAAUUUGAUGUAGCUUCAUACUGAGCAUAACUGUUUUUCCUUUUUUUUUCUGUUUAAUGUAAAGAGGCUCUAUCAUUCAUAACCAUGACUAAGUGCUGGUUGCUACACUCACUCAUCUUGCAGCUAGCUCCAGGUCAGUACUCCCCAACCACAUUAUGCAAUGUGAACCAACCGUUAUAUAUCUUUUGGAGCAUUCUAUAAUCAACUUCUGUACAGUUUACAAUUCAAACAUAGAUUCCAGAAAUAAUUGGGAACUGUAGGAGACAAAGAUCAUUAGAAAAUAGGAUAAAAUGUUGCAACUUUGGCUUGUUUUAUAUGCAGUUCAUUAGGCUGCACACACUUUUUUCAAGUUUUCAAUAAUGUAAAUACCAUCAGCUCUCAUAUAACAUCCAUAUUUAAUGGUGAUGUUUCACAAGUCCUUCAAAAUCAGUUGUUUUUAGUUGCUGUUGUGAUAAACUUUUCAUCCAAAUGACUGCCUAAAUCCAUCAGAUAAUAUGUCAAAACUGCUCAGGACAUGGUAAUGCUAUUUGAUUGACAAGGAAUAUAUUUACAACUUAACCUUCACUAAAGUAAAAGAUUAAUUAGUAUGUAAAUCAAAUUCCACAUAGGUAAAAAAGGUAAUAAAAAAUCUAACAUCUAUUGGGUGCCUGAUAUUUCUAAAACUUCUAUUAAAACACAUAACUAAGGAACAUUUAAUCUUUUAUUUUCAGGGACUUGUCAAGCCAAUGCCACCACAGUAGCUUCAUACAGUUAGGUUAUGCAUAUUAGAUUGUUUUCCUUUUAACUUUUUCUGCCUUUUAUGUCUCCUUGUAUCACAUCAAGUUAAUGGGAACUAAAAUGUUUGUAUUUAAGGAUCUUAAUAAUUUUCAGACCCAAAUCAACUGAUAAAAACAUAAGUAAAGAAGCCAUUGAACAAAAAUGAAUGUAGCUUUUUAUACAAUUAAUUGAUUUAGCAAACAGAUUAUUACAGAUUUAGUUAUAGUUUUCAUCUUGUGGUAAAGGUGCAAUCACAAAUCCAGAUACUGUUUCUAGUUUUAAUCACAGAGUUGGAGCAUUUCAUAUUGCUCUCCCUUAGUGAGAGGAGCUGAGGUGUGAAAAGAAUAGCAAUGACUGUGAGGAGCAGAGGGGAGCUGAGCUUGUUUGUGUGUGUGUUACCGCUGGGAAGCAUUAAAGCAGCAAGGGUGCUGCUUAAUGGAAAAGAAUGAACUGUUUUCGAUGGGAAUAUGUGUGCUUGUUGCUGGAGUCCUGUUAUGUUUUCCUUUCCCCAAGCACAUGCACUACUACCAAGAGAAAUAUAUGGAGGAAAAAUAGAGAAACUAUUAUACUACCAUAAGGUAGACAUUUUUCAUAUUGAAAAUAACAUAUGAUAAUUACAAAAACCUACUAAACAAUUCAACCUGUAUUACAGCAUAUUGUCUUUUUAGAAGUGAAAAUAAAUACACAGUUAUUUUAACAAUAGCACAUAUACUGCCAAAAUAUUAAAUUACAUUAUUUAAGACAAAUCCAUAAGCAUCAUACUUGUUCACAACCGCAAAAUAACUGAUGGAUGGUAUUUGACAUUAUGAUUUUAAAGUUUUUUUUUUUAUUUUUUUUAAAGAUAAUCAAUUAUAACAGAAGUCCAAUGUUUUUAUUAUGUCUCUAAAAGUUAUUCCCUAAGGGGAAAAGACAUGGCAGUGGGAAAUGUACUUUAGAUCUGUCAAUCUAACAUAAAACAAAAUACAUUUUCAGAUAAAUGGCAUCCAGUUCAUAUAAUUCCUCCUGAAGCAUCCCUUGAUCUUUUCAGUUUGCUUUUCUAUACGACAGUACAGUCAGGGAUCAUUGAUGCUGAAAUAUCUCUUUACAACGAUGACAAUCAAUAUUUCAUUAAAAAGGCAGCAGACACUACUUUAGAGAACUGCAACUAAUUUUGGAGAUAUGAAGCAGAAAUUUACAGCCAUGCACAAACAUACUCUUGUUACAAUAAUUUCCCAAAUCUGAACUAUGUUAAAACUUUAAAGCUUUUUAGACAAUAAAACAUUUAGCAACAUUUUUGAUUUGAUAUUUAGACUGUGAUACUGUGACACCCCACAGACGUAUUUCCACAAGUCACAAUGUAUGUCUUUCCAAUUUGUCUGUGUUACGUGUUGUUUUUUUUCAUUUACUAAAUGGUUCAUUUUGUAAUUGUUUGAAAUUGUUAAAUGGGGUUAUGUGGAAUAGUUAUCAGCAGUUUGUAUCUUACAUUAUGUAGUAGACUGUUCUCAAAAUGCUGCUUGUUUAGAUAAAGAGCGAUUAGUCUUGUCUGGAAAAUAAAGAAAACUGUGUGCUCAGUUUCCAAAAUACAAAUACAGUUUGGUUUCGUAAAGCACAUUUUUUCAUUGCCAGUCCUCACCUUUAUCAGCUUGAAAAUCUUUAAAUUAUGCUUUUUUUUAUUAGAAUGGCCAUCUUAUUCAAUUUAGUUGGAUAGAGUCAAUUCAGAGCAAAUGUUAUGUUAGAACACUUGAUAGUAUAAAAUACAUUCAAUUUAAAUCUGAUCAUAUCAAAAUCUAUAUAAAAAUCUAUAUAUAUAUAUUUUUUUUAUUAAUAUAGUACAAUCUAAUUCACACAGUCUUGACUUUCCAGCAAUCUCUAUCCCUGAGCAAUUUUUUGGGACACUGUAAAAAACAACUUUAUAAUAGGAAACAUGCUGCUGGCUCAGUUUGAGUGACUUUUAGCAUAAGAAUCUAUGGGAAUUCACCUAAAGAUCAGCCCAUAAUCUCUUACCAGUUUAAAAUACUGGUUACAGAGCAGAAAGCGUAUAACUUAACUAGACAUAGAAUAAGAGUUCAGAGUUAUGGUCAUUUUCCAUAAGUGCUUACACUCCCUGGUAUGGGUUGGCUCUUUUUUUAUGAUUUUCCUGUAGUAAUGGUUAAGUGGAACCAUUGCUAGUUUUUGUACCUGUUUGCAUAAAAGCAUAAAUAGUUAAAUGAAUUUUUUUUAACAAUUACAUCACGUUACACUGGGCUUAUUGUGUAUAUGACCAAAAUAUCAAGCCAACAUUAAGUAAACUCAUCUAGCUCUUAUUCUUGAUGGCUUCCCUUUCUGUCUUGUGCUUAUCCAGAAUCCAUCCUCUGGCAUCUGCAGCCUCUACAGUUCUCUCCUUUUGCUGUAAGUUUGAUUAAAAGCCAUAAAUGGUGCAGAAGGGCCUCCGUUGUUGCCUUGUAUUUGUGUAACAUAUGGACAGUGAAGCCAUCUUGCUAUGAAUAGCUUAUUCACAUUGUUGCAGUACCCACAUACCUGUGGACAGAACGGUAAAUCGAAAUGAAACAAGGCAAAUAGAGUUACAACCAUUGGAAAUGGGCCAUAAGUCUAAAAAUCAAAACAAAAAUGUUCAAAUGAGUGGCUAGAGACAUUUAAUCAUUAGAACCCAUGCUUAUAGAAUAUUAGUCUUAUUUGAGCCAUAGAGUUUUGGGAGUUGUUUUAAGAGAAAAGGAAUCCACUUUGGUUGGGUCUUUGGGAACAGUAAAAACAAAUAUGUUUAUUUGGGUUUGAUGCUAACAGCUUCCCACUGUCCACAAAACCCUGUUUAAAUUCAAACAGUGUCUUUAAAGCAUGUCAGUAUGCUUGACUUUUUAAACAGGAGCAGUAUCAAAAUUAACAGUACAGAGCAUCUUUUAAUUCAGUCAUCUCAUUGUAGAGAUAUUUUGUUCAAAUUAAAAUACCUACUCAUAUUUUCUGUAUUAUUUAUUUAAUAAACACAUUUUAUGAAGAGCACAGGUUCUUUUAUAAUAACCACAACCUCAACUGUCUUAUACGACUUUCAUGUGUACAGAUAAAUUCAUUAAGUUAAAAUCUAAAGUGUAAUUAGGAUGUUAGCUGCUAUCUUUCACAGUUAAAAACCUUAAGUCUUUUCACACCUAUUUGAUGGAACCCCACAGGCCCUCUAAAAAGCAUGUGGUAUUUUUAAAAACCCUAUGAAGAUUGUUGCUUUUGUAUAAGCAGGUUAAUUCUGCACACACUGAAUCUAACACUGUAUUACAGGGUUGGGGUCGAUUCAGAAUACCUUGAUGGAUUACAGUUAUCACAAAUAACACUACAGAAAUAAUUAUCAGAGAAUUAGAGUACAGAUAAAAUUAAUAGGACACAACGUUAGAUAUAUAUAUUUUCUAAUUUAAUUUCUUAGUGGAAUUGACCCCAACCUUGCCUAAGCCAUCAGUCUUUGUAAAGUGCACACUGUUUCCAGGGAAUCAAAUAGAAAAUAAGAUAUUUGAAUGACCUUAGCCAGCUCUUAUACAAUGUUGUUUGUAGGUCUCCAGGCUGUCUGUUUUGUAAAAGAAAAAGAAAACACAUAUAACAUUUUUACCCAUUGACUUUCUAUGCUGUUGUUUAUGUAUAAAUGUUCUACUGUUCAGUGCAUGUUGUAACUUUGGCGUUGUGACUGGUUGUGAUUCACACAGAGCCAGUACCUGUCAUGUACAAAAAAAAGUGUCUGAAUGUCCUAAGAUAUUUCUAUUUCUUAAGAAAAAGCAUAAUUUCCCUUGAAUGACUCAAAAUGAAAUAAA